AUGCUCCUCAUGAAAUUAUUGAAAGCAUAUCUAGAUUUCUAUUUAAUUACAAGUACUGAUUUUGAAUUAAAAAUAGUAUCGAAUAAAGAAAGUAAAACAAUAAAAUUAAUACUAAAAACAACUAAACAAGUAGUAAUGCAAAGUAAUUCAAUUAUUAAAAAACAAGAAUCAUUUGAAACUACAGUUAUUCGGCUAGUUAAUAAUAUCAAUAGUUUGAUUAUAAAAAAACAAGAAUUAUUAGAAGCUAUACUUACUCAGCUAAUUAACGAUAUCAAAACUUUACAAUCUUCAUAUAAAGAUAUCAGAUCUAAUAUGAAAGACCAAGAUCAAGAAUGGUGGUAG